AUUCGUUGAGUUAUUAACACGAACGUAUUGGUUAUUAUGAAUUUAUGCGUUUUUGCUAUAAACACGAUUAUAAAAAACUAAAAUUUAGUGUUUGAUUAUUAAUUUGUGUGUAAUGUUUUUACUGUUUUAAAUUAAACUUGUGUUUUUAAUUUAACAAUCGAUCACCUGUAUCGUUUUUAAUUUUUAUGUACGUGAACAUAAUACAUCUGACUCAUCUGAGUGAUUUCCAUGAAUUAAGACAUACUAAAUUAUAAUUAUAUCUUAAUUCAUGGUAAGAACUAUAAUUCAAUUUAUCAAUGGUUGUUCAAAGAGCGAGUUUUAUAAAUUUUUAAAUUCCAGUUGAUGAUCAUAUUACAUUCCAAACAAUAUGAAUGAUGAAGAAGUAAUUUGGCGUAAGCUACUUAUUGAUGGUGAUGGAAUUGGUGAUGAUAGACGUUUAAAUAUUUUGCUAAAAACAUAUUUAAAAUGGUGCAAUACAAAAUACACAGAUCCUCUUGAAAGUCAAAAAGCUAUGGAAAAGAUGUUAGUUCAUCUCAAUCUAUGUGAGCAUGCUAUGAAGAAAUCCCAAGCUGUUUCUCGUAUGAAUGUAGAAGAAAUGCUUAUGUAUGAUAACAUGUCUAGUGAAAUUGAUCAUAAUAUAACAAAUACAAAAACCGAAAUAGAUCGUGCAAAAGAAGAAUUAAAAAAAGCCAAAACCAUAAGACGUAAUCGAAUGGAGUAUGAUGUUCUAGCCAAACUCAUUAUUCAACACCCUCCUAGAACUGAAACUGCUAAACGUCUUGAUGAUUUAAAAGAUGAACUUCAAGCAUUAAAAAUGACAAAAAAUGAAAUAAAUCAAAAACUAGAUAAGAGACGAAAACAAUUGCAUGUACUUAUGUCUGCAUUAAAUGACUUAACAGAUAGUUUAGAUGAUAAUGGUUCGAUGAGUGAAGAUAUGUCAUACGAGACAUUUGAUGAUGAAGAUCUUGAUAUAUUAACAAGAAAAGAUGAUGUCGAGGAACCCAUGUCUGAUUAAUCAUAAAAAAUUGAAUUGUUUAUAAAUAUGCAAUGUAAUGUUUUAUAUUAGUAUCAUGAGUCAACAAUAGAAACACACUUUAAAUAAAACUGUUCAAUGGUGAUUUAUUUAAAUAUUUAAUUGUGCGAUUUAUUAUACAAUUUCAUUAAUUUUACAUUAUAAACAGAUUACUGAACAUACUUUAUAUUUAUAUUUAAUGCUUAACAAUAAAAUAAUUUUUAUUAACUACGA